GCCGACUGCCGGUGUCGCGAGGCCGUGUAAAGUGCUACGUCACCCUUAUCGGUGAGCAUCGAUAGUCAACCUUCGACGCUCAGCUAUCGUCUCGUUUCGCUUCAGCUCAGUCUUCUCAUCCCACCCCACGCCAUACUCGCACCUUCACAAUUAGCUCUCUGCCUUCUCCGUUUGCACGUCCCUUGCUCAAUCUCAAGUCCUGAUCCUUUGACCACCCUCGGACCUCCCGGCACUUCCCAUCCUACGCUCUCUUGCCGCUUCCACCAUGAGCAGCCAUCAGGACUUACGCGAAGCUCUCGCUCGGACGGCUCAGGCUCUGUCCGCUGUCCAGGCCGAGCUGGAUUCUCAAGUUCGCAAAACCGGGCGCAUGGCCAGGCGCUGUCAAGAGACAGAGGCCAACAACAUGCUCUUGGUCGGGGAGAACAGGACCCUCCAGCAGCGAAUCCGGUCUCUUGAGCUAAAGGCUGUAGAGGAGAGCGAGGCCCGUGGACAACUCACUCGGGCCCUAUCGUACAGUCUCAGGGCGUUUCAUGAGGAAGAAGCGAAGCGUGAGGCGAGGAGGGCGAGGGCUGUUGCAGGCAAGGUCUCUUUUUGGGACUUUCUGCCUGCUCAAUACAGCGAAAAAAGAGCUAUACGUCCAGAGGAGAGGACACAUUCGCACAGGAAGCACGAGGCCGAAGAGGACGACGAAUCUGGGAAAGAGCAAGCGAAGGGAACGAGUUAUCUUGACAACAGGCUUAGCACAAUCAAGAAGAAGGCUGCAGAGAUUAAUCAGGGUGGCACCUUGGCGUCCCUUCUUCGCCGCAACGGGAAACGACCCCGAAACAGCUACUAGACUCUCGAAAGUUUCUCGACGGCAGGCGUGAAGCCCUGCUCCUCCCCCACUAGCGCUUUUGACCUUCUGCGUUCUUCAU